CUGGUGGUGUGGUGUGGGCAACGCCAGCUAAUCCGCGUCCCUCAUUAUCACCAUCACAUUUCAUUUGAAAGACCACCAGAUGGGGCGGAGUCCAAUGGCCGAGAUUCCAUCUCAGGCGUCGGACGACAACGGAGAUCUAAGCUUCCACGCCGUCAGAGGCAGCGGCGGAGGCUUCCCCGUCAAGAGAAACCAUCACCUCGAAAACCCUAAAAACCACAGCGAUGAUCUAGGCCGCAAGCGAUGGCGGAAUCGACCCCAUCUCUUCCGCGGCGGCGGGCGGAAGGGGUUUCAGAUCAAGGGCACGUCUCUCUUCUAUGCUGCUGUUGCUGCUGCUGUCUUCAUCUUUCUUGUGGCAGCAACGAUGCUACAGAGCUCUAUGACCGCUGGUUUAAGGUCGGGCCGAGAGAAUCGUUGGAGGUCUUUGGGUGGAGGUUUUAUGCGCGGGACUUCUCUCAGAUUCACGAUGAGUCAGAGGUUCGCGACGGAGGGCAGCAUUCUCGAUCAGCUGCGGAUGGAGGGAAGAUCUGGCAUUCGCCUGCCAACACUGGCGAUCGUCUUAGGAAGUAUGAAGAAAGAUCCUCCAUCUUUGAUGCUAUUAAGUGUGGUGAAAAAUCUACAGGGGCUUCGGUAUAUACUCAAGAUCUAUGCAAUAGAGGAUGAUGAAGCACAUCCAUUGUGGGAUCAAAUUGGCUGCCGAGUUUCUAUUUUAGGUCCUGAGAUUGCAAGUCGCAUUGAUUGGUCAAUUUAUGAUGGUGUUGUUUUAAGCUCUCUUGAAGCUAAAGAAGCCAUUUCAAGCCUUAUGCAGGAGCCUUUUUGUUCUGUACCGCUGAUAUGGAUUGUUCAAGAAGAUACCCUUGGAAAGCGCCUUCCAACAUAUACGGAGAUGGGCUGGGAGCAUCUUAUUAUGGAGUGGAGGCGUGCAUUUAAUAGGGCAGAUGUUGUGGUGUUUCCAGAUUACACUCUUCCAAUGUUAUACAGUGUGCUUGAUACUGGAAACUUCUUUGUCAUUUCUGGAUCCCCGGUGGAUGCGUGGACUGCAGAACACUAUAUUGAGUCCCACUCCAAAAAUCAACUGAGGAAGGAAAAUGGAUUCCAUGAUGAUGAUCUGGUGAUUCUUGUUAUUGGGACAUCUUUAUUUUACAAUGAGUUGCCGUGGGACUAUGCAGUGGUCAUGCAUGCCAUAGGACCUCUGCUAACAAAAGCUAUGAGAGCUCAAGACCUGAGGGGAUCAUUUGAAAUUGUUUUCCUAUGUGGGAACUCCACUGAUGGCUAUCGUGAUGCUUUGCAGGAAAUUGCUUCACAUCUGGGCUUUCCCGAUGGUUCUGUAAGCCACUAUGGUAUGGAUGUUGAUGUUAAUAGUGUGUUAUUAAUGGCUGACAUUGUUCUCUAUGGUUCCUUUCAAGAGGAACAAGGUUUUCCUCCGUUGCUAAUUAGAGCCAUGUCGUUUGAAGUACCCAUCAUUGCUCCUGAUUUGGCUAUCAUAAAAAGAUAUGUUGUUAACGGAGUCCAUGGUUUGAUUUUUCAAGCACGUGAACCUGAGACAUUGACCAGAGCUUUCUCGAUUUUAGUAUCAGACAUGAAGCUGUCUAAAUUUGCUCAUGUAGUUGCUUCCUCUGGAAAGUUACUUGCUAGGAACAUACUAGCAUCAGAGUGCAUAACGGGCUAUGCAAAGCUUCUAGAAAAUGUUCUUCAGUUUCCAUCAGAUUCCAUGCUCCCCGGGCCCAUUUCUCAGCUUCAAAAAUACAAUUGGGAAUGGAAUUUGUUCAGGAAGAAGACAUAUGAGAGAGGAACCGAAUUUGUUGUCCAAAACAUUGACGAAAACCGUACUUUGAUCAGAAAAACAAGCAUCGUCUACGUCCUAGAAGAAGAAUUGGCCAGUGAUAAUCACACGAGAAAUACCUCAGAGAUUGAAAUUGAGUCGACCACCCCUGACCACCUUACCCAGCUUGAUUGGGAUGAAAUGACGGAAAUAGAAAGCAGUGAAGAAUUAGAGAGGCGGGAAAUGCAGGAGAUUGAGGAAAGGAUGGAGAAACCUUCACAGUCAUGGGAUGAGAUAUACCGCAAUGCUCGAAAGGCUGAAAAGCUGAAAUCUGAAGUGUACGAAAGAGAUGAAGGAGAGCUAGAAAGGAUGGGCCAGUCAUUAUGCAUUUAUGAGAUUUACAAUGGAGCCGGUGCCUGGCCAUUCUUACACCGUGGUGCUCUGUACCGUGGGUUAAGUCUUUCUACAAGAGCACGAAGAUCAAGAUCAGAUGACGUGGAUGCAGUGCUCCGCCUUCCAUUCUUGAAUGAUACAUACUAUAAGGAUCUUCUUUGUGAGAUUGGAGGUAUGUUCUCUAUUGCAAAGGAGGUGGAUAGCAUUCACAAUAUACCUUGGAUUGGCUUCCAAUCAUGGCGUGCUGUUGGAAGAAGGGUUUCUUUGUCCAAGAAAGCUGAAAAAAUGCUAGAAGAAACCAUACAGUUGGAAACCAAAGGAGAUAUUUUCUACUACUGGGCACGGACGGACAGGGAUAAUAAAGGAGGGAAUGUAAAUCUUAGCUUUUGGUCUCUAUGCGACAUCUUAAAUGGUGGAAAUUGCAGAGCUGUAUUUGAGAAAACUUUGCGACAGAUGUAUAGUUUACCAUUGGAAAUAGCAGCUCUCCCCCCUAUGCCUGAUGAUGGUCAUCUCUGGUCUGCACUGCACAGCUGGGCAAUGCCAACACCAUCCUUCCUAGAAUUCGUAAUGUUCUCAAGGAUAUUCAUUGAUUCACUUGAUGGAUUAAAUCACAAUUUGAGCAGUACAAAAGCAUGUUUGUUAGGAUCUUCUAAGUUGCAGGAAAAACAUUGUUACUGCCGGAUGUUGGAACUCCUAGUCAAUGUCUGGGCAUACCACAGUGCUCGCAAGAUGGUUUACAUCGACCCAAACUCUGGAUUGAUUGAAGAACAACACCCUAUUGAGGGGCGCAAGGGGCUAAUGUGGGUAAGGUACUUCAACUUUACGCUGUUGAAGAGCAUGGACGAGGACCUUGCUGAGGAAGCGGACGACGAAGACCAUCAACCAAACAACAGAUGGCUGUGGCCACUUACUGGAGAAGUGCAUUGGCAAGGGGUUUAUGAGAGGGAAAGAGAGGAGAGGUAUAGGCAGAAGAUGGACAAGAAGCGGAAGACAAAGGAGAAGAUAUUGGAGAGGCAUAAGUAUGGGUACAAGCAGAAAACACUGGGAGGAUAGAGAGCACAAAAGGCUUGCCCAUUUCCUAGUAUAACACUGACUGCUGCCUUGGAAUCCUCAUUUGAUAAUAAAAGUAAUAACCCAAUGCAGUUUGAAGAGAAGCUCCUGUCCAACAGCACCUGCUAAGUAUAUAUAACCAGAAGUCCCGGAAGUAGUUAGCUAUUUUAGGUAGUGUAGAAGGGCCCUGAGGAAAUUUUUGGCAUUACAAUUGUUAAUCAGAGUAUAUCUCAUUUUUUUUCCUCUUUUUUCAUUAAGUUAAAUUACCGGCUGUCUAUUCUAUUCAUUUUCACGUGUUGCCUCUUUUUUUUCUUUUUUUUUGGGACCUAUGGGAUCAGAUCUGUAAUUAUGAUUUUAUAUCAGAUCCAUCUGGAAGCAAUUUUUCAAUGAGGAUAUUUGUUGGUCAUUAA